AUGGGUAUCGUCGAUAACAGUAGUAGCAAGACACUAUGGGGAAGCAUGACCAAUGGAUCUUCACGUUACGCCCUUAACGGCAAAAUCAUGCUCGGUUCCGUAAUUAUCCUCUUCGUCGCCGUCAUUCUUAUCAUCUGUUUCCACAGCUACGCCAGGUGGUUAUUCCAGCGUCAAAACCGCCGUAUCCGCCGCCGUAUCAGUGCUCAUCUCAGAUCUCUCUCCGCCGCUCGAGAUCCCACCCAAUCUGCCACCUCACUCUCUCCACUCGAUCCGACGGUGCUCGAGAAGAUUCCGAUAUUCGUCUACUCCGUUAAAACCCAUAAAUCUCCGCCGGAGGAGUGCUCUGUUUGCUUAUCGGAGUUCGAAGAAGACGACGAAGGACGUGUCCUUCCCAAAUGCGGCCACGUGUUCCACGUCGACUGUAUUGACACGUGGUUCCAGUCGAGAUCUAGCUGUCCGCUUUGUAGAGCUCCGGUUCAACCCGAGCAGCCGAUGACCGAAUCGGGUUUGAGUAUUUCAGAACCGGUUGCUCCCGUAUUUCCAUCGCUUAAGCCGAUAGAGGAUACCGAAGCCGGAAGUUCGUCUUCUCCGGACGAGUCAGAAUCCUCGACACCGUCUUCCUCAUCUGGUUCGCCGUUGAGGUUUCCGAUGGAAGCGUGCGAGAGGGAACCGAUUCAUUUAGUCGGUAUAGUUGUGGAGAUUCCCAGGGAAUUGGACGCUUCUAAUUCGGGUCAAACCGGAGGUGACGGCUCGAAUAAUCGGGUUUUACUGAAGAGGUUAUGGGGUAUUUGA